CGGAGAGGGAGGCAGGGCCACAUGUUAAAGAGAUGAACACAAUCCCAAAAAAACAUGUGAUUUAAGCGGGAAAGCCCCAAGGUUAGUGUGUUGGUGCUGGUAGUUAAAUGCGGAGGCUCAGAGCCAGAGCUCCACAGAGAGGACUGCUACUGGAACGUAACAGAGCACCUUAAUCAUGGAUAAGCUUUACACUGGAUUACUGUUGUCUGCUCUCAUCUUGAGCUGCUUCAUCGUUGAGACACAGACUGCAAGUUGCUGUCUUUCGUAUACAAGGCGGCAUCUCCACUGUGGGAAUCUGAGGGGCUUCACCAUCCAGACCAUCUAUGGCCACUGUGACCUGAACGCUGUAAUCUUUCGGACUUGGAACAACAAGUUUAUCUGUGCAGACCCCAACAAGAUGCAUACACAGGAAAUGGUCAGAUGUUUAAAGAAAAAGGUGGAACAUAUGAACCAUGGUUUGAUCUAAGAAGCUGAAAUGCAACUAUUCUUCAAAUCCCUUGAGAAGCCUUCGCUGUCCUAUGACACACACUCCAGACCUGAAAGCAAGCUAGAGAUAUGCAGCACUAUAUGCGAUUCCCCUAGGGAUCUGUCAGUCAUGUCUUAUCGACAGAGUAUGUACUCUCUGAGAGAAUUAUGUAAAUUUGAAAGCUGUAUUUUUUUAAACACAAGAUUCAUAAUUUUUAGUUUUAGUUUAUUUAUUAAUGCAUAUUUGUUUUUAUACAGGGAAAAAGGUUUUUUUCUUAAAAAAAAAACAUUUAGGCAAAUUCAUAGCGUUGCUUAAACUUUUGUGUAUUUUUGACUUUGGCUGUGUAGCUUUUUGCUGUGUGAAGUCUGUUUUAUGAUGGCAGGGUUUGAUUGAUCCACACUGUGCUGCUUAACACGAUUAAAUGUAGCAUUUGAAAGAAUCAUACAAGUUUCUCUAAAAGGGGUUUUCCUAACUAAGUUAAUUUUAAAUUACUGAUUUUCUGAACUUUACCUUCUACUUUAAUUUAUGAGGCUGCUUUGUGUCAAUAUCAAUUGUUAAUAAAGCACAAAAUAAAUCUGAAAUGAACUCAA